GUUGCUUUCUGGUCGCAGUGUUGCUACGCUCAGUUUCUUUCUGGAAAGGAGUGGAAGGCAAGCCAUUUUCUUUUCAAACUAAAGUAAUAAAUACUAACAAUUUCUGCGCCUAAUUUCGUUUAUGAAAGUCCGCUGUGGCACCCUCCUCUUCCUCAAUUAAAACGUUCUACACCGACUGAAAGAUCACUCCUCAAUGGGAAAAGUCUAAUCAUGUUCAGUUUUGAGGGAGAUUUCAAAACAAGGCCCAAGGUGUCACUUGGGGGUGCGAGUAAAAAGGAGGAAAAGGCAUCAUUAUUGCAUCGCACACAAGAGGAACGAAGAAAGAGAGAGGAUGAAAGGAGAAGACUCAAGAAUGCAAUUAUUAUUCAGUCGUAUAUACGUGGGUACCAGGACAGAGAACAGCAAUAUGCCAUUCAGAGGGCCAAGUUUGACCUUUGUGUCAGUCAGGCGCAAUCAGGGGGUGGUCCACCUGUCCUGGAUGCCCCCAGCCUAAGCCUAAUGACAAGGCAACUCAUAUUUUUCUACAGACAGAGUGUGGACUCGCACAGAUUGAUCUGGAUGUGUCAGAAUGUAGUUAAACAAAACAGCCAGUUUGUGAAGCUGCUGGCUGGUCCUGAGAGUCAGACCUGUGUGUUUCAAAUCAAGAGGAUUCUAGGUUUCUGCUGCAGACUUCUGCAGAACUGCAAGGAUGAUAGUUGGAAUGUCACCGUUCCCAUGAGAAUGCUGGAGAUCUUUUCUUCCGAGAGAACCUAUCUGCCUGUCCUCCAAGAUGCUAACUCUGUAGCAUUCUUAAUCGAGCAGAUUUUGCACUAUAUGGUACAGAAAGGAUACUAUAGGUCGCUUUAUAUUCUAGUAAAUCACAGGCUCCCCUCUAGUCUGGAGUAUAGUGAUUCUCCCUCUGUUCCUCUGGCAAGCACACUGUUAGAGCACACGCUGAAGCCUCUGCACUUUACCUAUUCCUCCUGCACAACAGGCGCAAGGCAGUUUGUGUUUGCCGCCUUCACCGAGGAGUUCAUCUCGGCCCCCUUCACGGAGCAGAUCUUUCACUUCUUCAUCCCGGCGCUGUCAGACCCACGCCUCUGCUUCCCCUUCGAGGCCUUUCUGGGUUCCCUCCAGGCCACCGUAGUCACCUCUGCUGCCGCCCAGAGCCAGGCGCCCUGGCUCUUCUACUUUGUCCUCUCCGCAGGGGAGACCUGUUUGGGCUCCCUGUCAGAGGAGGGCCUCCACCUGUACCUGCGAGCCCUAAAGACCCUGCUGCCCCUUCUCCCGGUGUCAGAGAGCACCAGCAGGCCAGAGGUGGGCAGCGACUCAGAGGACGAGGACGACCACAACCGCAAGCCCUCAUCCUCACAGGCGGACAGCAGGAUAUCGGUCCAGCUCAUCACAGAGGAGUGCGUCCACAAGCUGGACACCAAGCAGCAGACCAACGCCCUGCUCAACCUGGUGUGGCGCGACUCGGCCAGCGAGGAGGUGUUCACCAUGAUGGCCUCCAUAUGCCACACGCUGAUGGUGCAGCACCGCCUCAUGGUCCCCAAAGUCAGGCUGCUGUACAGCUUGGCCUUCAACGCCCGCUUCCUCAGGCACCUCUGGCACCUGAUCACAUCCAUGACCACCAAGAUGAUCACAGGCUCCAUGGUCCCUCUCCUGCAGGUGAUCUCGCGAGGCUCCCCCAUGUCCCUGGAGGACUCCAACCGCAUCAUCCCCCUCUUCUAUCUGUUCAGCUCCCUCUUCAGCCACGCGCUCAUCUCCGUGCACGACAGCGAGUUCUUCGGCUACCCCAUGGAAGAUCCGCCUCAUUUCCAUCCCAAGGGACAGAGCCAGUCGUCCAUGAUGCCCUUCACCCUGUUGGAGCUGGUGACCCUGUCUCGCUGCCUCAGGGACGCCUGCCUGGGCAUCAUCAAGCUGGCCUACCCGGAAACCAAGACGGAGCACCGCGAGGAAUACAUGGCUGCCUUCCGCAGCGUGGGCGUCAAGACCAACACGGCCGUGCAGCAGCGGAUCCAGGCGGAGCAGAAACGCUGGGUCCAGCUGUUCAAGGUCAUCACUAACUUGGUGAAGAUGGUGAAGGCGCGUGACAUCAGACGGCCUUUCUGUCCCUCGGGUCACUGGCUGUCAGAGGAGGUCAACAUCAGGGCAGACAAGGUCACCCAGCUGUACGUGCCCUCAGCCAGACACGUGUGGAGGACACGGAGGAUGGGACGCAUCGGCCCCCUGCAGUCCACGCUGGACGUUGGGAUGGAGCCCCCCCAGCUCUCUGUGUCUGAGGAGAGACACUUGGCCAUCCUGACAGAGCUGCCCUUUGUGGUGCCCUUUGAGGAGAGAGUCAAGAUCUUCCAGAGGCUGAUCUAUGCAGACAAGCGGGACGUGCAGGGCGACGGGCCCUUCCUGGACGGCAUCAACGUGACCAUCCGACGCAACUACAUCUACGAAGACGCUUACGACAAACUCUCGCCUGAGAACGAACCGGACCUGAAGAAGCGGAUCCGAGUGCACCUGCUCAACGCCCACGGCCUGGACGAGGCGGGCAUCGACGGUGGCGGCAUCUUCAGGGAGUUCCUCAACGAGCUGCUCAAGUCGGGCUUCAACCCCAACCAGGGCUUCUUCAAGACAACCAACGACAGCCUGCUCUACCCCAGCCCCACCGCCCAGAUGCUGGUGGGAGACUCCUUCGCUAGGCACUACUACUUCUUGGGCAGGAUCCUGGGAAAGGCGCUGUACGAGAACAUGCUGGUGGAGCUGCCCUUCGCCAGCUUCUUCCUGUCCAAGCUGCUGGGGACCAGCGCCGACGUGGACAUCCACCACCUGGCCUCGCUGGACCCCGAGAUGUACCGCAACCUGCUCUUCCUCAAGAGCUACGAGGACGACGUGGAGGACCUGGGCCUCAACUUCACCGUGGUCAACAACGACCUCGGGGAAGCUCAGGUGGUGGAGCUGAAGCCGGGGGGGAAGGACAUCCCGGUGUCCACAGCCAACAGGAUAGCUUACAUCCAUCUGGUGGCCGACUACCGCCUCAACAAACAGAUCCGGCCUCACUGCAUGGCCUUCCGUCAGGGCCUCGCCAAUGUGGUCAACCUGGAGUGGCUGCGCAUGUUCGACCAGCAGGAGAUCCAGGUGCUGAUAUCUGGAGCUCGUGUGCCAAUAUGCCUUGAUGACCUGAAGAAGUUCACAAACUACUCAGGCGGCUACACUGCCACUCACCCAGUCAUCCAGACCUUCUGGGAGGUGGUGGAGAGCUUCACAGAUGAGGAGAAACGCAAGCUGCUCAAGUUCGUCACCAGUUGCUCAAGGCCUCCGCUACUGGGUUUCAAGGAGCUGUACCCGGCCUUCUGCAUCCACAACGGGGGCAACGACCUGGAGCGCCUGCCCACCGCCAGCACCUGCAUGAACCUGCUCAAACUGCCCGAGUUCUGCGACCAACACCUGAUGAGGAACAAGCUUCUUUAUGCCAUCGAGUCCUCGGCGGGUUUCGAACUCAGUUGAGGGGGGGGGGGGGGGGGUUUGGCGGGGACGUCCGUCUCUGUCCCCACAGCCACAGACUCAUGAGAUGAAGUGGAACACAGAAAGAUUGCCUGCCUGACUCGCAAGAGAGAGAAAGAGGGAAAGAGAGGGAGAGAGAGAGCGCAAGAGAGCGCGAGAGAGAGAAGGUAUGGGAUCCACCGAUGCACUGAUGCAUGUACGAUGCGCCCUGUUUUCCUAGACGCUGGGAGAGAGGGGUGACGAUCACCCAGAGACUGAGAAAGAUAGUUAAGAAUAAAGGCGGGGGGGAAAUGUUUUUAUUCAUAAGGUUUUUAACGUGUAUCCAGAACCAACAAAACUCAGACGUAGAUCAAACGUCUCAUGAACCUAGAAGGUUUUUCUUUUUUUGUAAGUCCGAAAGAAAAAAAUAUCUUGUUUUGCAGUUGAUCACUGCAAUACAGUUUACCCUCUAGAGUAGCAAUUUUUUUUGUAAUAAACCCUUCAAUAGCAACAACAGUCUAUUCACCAAAGAUGAGUGGUGAUUGAAGGAGAGGAAGAGGGGGAGGAAGUGGCAAUAAGAGGGUAGAGGGGGGUGGUAAGGAGACAUCAGACUGUAGCACUCUAGAAGCCUCUAUCCAUCCUUGUACCCUAAGUCCUAAGGCUCCUUUCUAGUAUGCACUCGUCCACUCACCUACACGGAUGUCUAGAGGAAAUGUAUGGUUAUACUAAUGCUAUGCUUUUUUAAAUCAAUUGGGGGAGGGGCGAGAGGCGAUUGUGAACGAGUGCACGCCACAGAGGAGAAUUUAGACUGUAGGAGAAUUGUGUCUCAAGGGCUCCAGAAAGGUCGGCCUGUUGAAUAGUACCAUGUAUUUUCAGGUAGAAAUCAUCAAAAUUCACUCGUUUUUUUUCCCCCCCUGUGAUUUUCCGUAAUGAUUAUUAACUUGUAAUAAUUGUCAAGUCUGAUAACCACAGCAGAAACAUGUAAAGGCUUGUGGAUGUCUACCUGUGUGGGUGGCUCAAGGCAAAGGUUGGUUUCCUUUUGGAUUGUACUAUCUAUUAGAUGAUUAUGGCAUUGUGAAUAUGUAUAUGUUUACACCUACUCUUUUAUGAUUCAUCUAUUCAGUAUUUGUACAGGUUGCUUUUUCCCUCUGUUCUUUGAUCCUGUUCUUGGAGUGAAGGCCCUGUGUUAAUACACACUAGCUGAAGUGAACCAUCUCCAGUUACACGCACCCUGCUGUGGAAGACCUAUGGUGCAGCAACUGCUUAUAACUGUGUAGCCUACCAACUGAGUGAUACAAAAAAACACUGUCUGAAUAUCAUUAAAUCCUCUUUUUUUUGCAUUUA